AUGUCCACCUGCCUUUCCCAAUGUGUGGGGCUUCUGGCGGGGCGAAAUGAGCGUGGACAAUGCUGUGGUCUGCACGACAGGGUGUUUGUCUUACUAUUGAACGUGAAAAGCUGUGUUGUUGGAUGGCCUCUACUGCUUGUUCAUUGUUGGGUCUGGAUGACAAAGGCUACUCCUGCAGAGUUGCCAGAGUGCGAGGGGUCUUGGGAGUUGAGGACUAAUAGGCCAUUUCAAGAUUGUACUGGUGCCUUGCCUUUCACAUUUAGUGUGGCCAGUGUUAUAUUUGCAUGGGUGUAUUUCUGUGCAUUGGUGUACUACACCACUGAUCUCUCCUGGUGUCUUAUUGGGAGGCUCCUUGGCAAUGGAAGGCUGCUCCCCUCUGCUCCUGGGGAGGCUGGAACUAAGGCUAAAAUCAGAACCAGGGAAAAGAGGAGGGUUUAUAAGUCAGGGAUAGCAUUGCCCAGCUACCUGAGAGACUAUGUCAUCAUUUUAGAGGAGCAUCAAUGCCCUAACAUUAAUGUCGACUACUAA